ACUUCUUCAAAUGGCUUAAGAGUUAAGAAUACAGAGAAAAUUAUCAUAUAUCAAUCAAUGGCUACUUGUGUUUCUAACAUUAGCACCAGUCUUUCAAUCCCAUGCUUGUAUUCAAAGAGGAACAAGAAGUUAUUAUCAUCCAGGUUUGUGAAGUGUAUGAAGAGUAGUGAAUCAUCAGGAAAAGAUAACCUUGAUCACUUGCAAAGAGGAAGCAAGCAACCUCAGCAACAGAGGAGAUGGGUUGCUCCUUCUUCACCUAUUGGACUAUGGGAUAGAUUCCCAACAGCAAGAACAAUAAACCAAAUGUUGGAAACAAUGGAGAGAAUAAUGGAGGACCCUUCUUCCUCAAUAUCAUACAACAACAACAACAACAACAACAAUGGAGCUUCAGCUUUAUCAUCCAUGAUGAGCUCACAACCAAUGAUGAAUCAAGACAUGAUGAUUUACAGGAGAGGGAGAACACCAUGGGAGAUCAAAGAACAAGAAAGAGAGUACAAGCUGAGGUUUGACAUGCCUGGCAUGUCAAAGAAUGAUGUUCAACUCUUUGUGGAAGAGAAAAUGCUUGUCAUCAAGGCUGAGAAGAAGAUUAUUAAUGGUGAUGAAAAUGAUGAUGAUCAUAAUGAUGAAUGGCCAGCAAGGAGUUUUGGAAAGUAUAAUAGUAGGAUAGCAUUGCCAGAGAGUGUUGAUGUGGAGAAGAUAAAGGCUGAGGUCAAGGAUGGUGUGCUUUAUGUUACUAUUCCUAAAUCUUUGUCUUCUAGUAAUGUUUUUGAUAUUCCUGUCCUGUGAUGCAUAUUAUUAUGUUUUGUAUUGAGGAAAAUGUUUGAGGAAUUGUAACUAUUAUUCUCUCUUUUCUUCAACCAAUGGUGAUUUUCUUUUUUAA